GCCAUGGCUGAACUUGAAAACUAUAUUGUUAUUUUUGGAAUCUGUGCGGCCAUUCUCCAGGGAAGCAGUGAAAAUAUCUGUGGACCACGAAAACCAGACGGAAAGCUUAAAUGCUGCACGUUCUACCAUUAUAACGGAAGUGAUUGUAUAGAAUGUCCACAUGGAUACUUCGGAGUGCACUGUAACAUUUCUUGUGCAUAUCCAACAUAUGGUUCACGAUGCAAACACAAUUGUACAUGUAAAGAAGAAGAUUGUGAUAAUGCACUGGGAUGUUCUCUGACAAGUAGGUUUCUUGCUCAAAACUACAAUAUUUGGUUCAAAUUAUCCGGCAGAACACGACAUUAA